CUCUGUUUCCAUCCGGAUGUAAAUUGUGGCACACCGUUUACGGAAGGCGUUCGUUUUUUUCAUCAGAGAAGAAUCUCUGAGUAAAACGAACGUUAAUUCAGAUCACAGUGCGAAGGAGAUAAUGUCCGAGUCCGGACAUAGUCAGCCUGGUAUAUACGGACAGGGACGGAGAAGAAGGCGACGCCGUGACAGAGAGCCUGGACCUCCAGGACAGAAUUUAUCUGGUCCGGGACGAGAGCGGGAGUAUGUCCCCCGGGAGCGAAGGGAUGGUAGUGUGGAGCCACCAGGUCCUCUUCUGCCAAAGACUCCUAUUAUCCUAGCAAAACCUCCGGGGGAGAGGGUAAAGUGGACAGUCUCUAACCAUGCACUUGCUUUCAGUGAUUGUGAAAAGACUAAGGCGACGCCGACUGCUCCCGGCGGCCCUCCAUCUUUAGAGAAGCCUAUCAUGCUGAUUAAAACACGGGAUGAUGGGGGAAAACCGGGAACAUCCCCUGAUUCGGUCCCCUCGGCUCCUGGCCUAGGAGCCAUUAAAUUGGAGAGAGAGGGACAGAGACCCACCCAGCCUGUGUACCAAAUCCAGAAUCGAGGCAUGGGACCGGCUGCGUCCAGUGGUGUAGUAGACCCUGUGAUUGGUCAAACCAAGCUUCUACCGCCAGAGAAAAUGAAGCACAGUAUUAAGCUUGUGGAUGACCAGAUGAACUGGUGUGACAGUGCUAUGGAGUAUCUGCGGGACCAGACAGACAUGCUCGUGGUGGGUGUUAUCGGGCUCCAGGGAACCGGCAAAUCCACAAUCAUGUCGCUGCUCUCUGCUAACUUACCUGAAGAUGAUCCAAGGGCAUAUGUAUUCAGGGCACAGAGUCAGGAGAUCAAAGAAAGGGGAGGCAACCAGAGCAGUGGGAUUGACUUCUACAUCACCCAGGAGAGUGUGAUCUUCCUGGACACACAGCCUAUUUUGAGUCCUUCUAUUUUGGAUCAUCUCAUUAACAACGACCGCAAGCUACCACCUGAGUACAACCUCCCUCACACUUAUGUGGAAAUGCAGUCUUUGCAGGUAGCUGCCUUCCUCUUCACUGUGUGCCAUGUCGUCAUUGUGGUUCAGGACUGGUUCACUGAUAUAAAUCUUUACAGGUUCCUCCAGACCGCUGAGAUGCUGAAGCCCUCUACCCCGUCUGCCAGUCAUGACAGUGCCGGCUCUGCAGGCUCCGACGAGGGCUCGGAGUACUACCCUCACAUUGUGUUCCUGCAGAACAAGGCCAGGAGGGAGGAAUUCUGUCCCAAGAACCUAAAGAAGAUGCACACUGUGGUGGACAAGUUGAUGGCUCACUCUCACCUGAAGUAUAAAGGCACACUGUCCAUGCUGGACUGUAAUAUCUUCCCUGGCCUGGGGCGGGACUACCUGGAGACAGAAGUCAACUUGUUCCUGUUGCCAGUGCUGGAAACUGAAGGAGAGGACGCUUUGACCAGGGCAGGCUCUGCAUCCAUCCCGCUGUUCUCCCUACUCCCCGGGUACAGGGGACACCCCAGCUUCUCCUCUUUGGCCUCCAAGUUACGCAGCCAGGUCUUGGCCAUGUCCCGCUGCCAACUGUCUCACACCAUCCUCACUGAGAAGAACUGGUUCCACUAUGCUGCUCGGAUCUGGGAUGGAGUGAAGAAAUCAUCAGUGUUCUCUGAGUACAGCCGCCUUCUUUCCUAGCUGGGAAUUUCCACUAUCGCUGGGCAUUGUCUUGAAAAAUUCAGCUUCCCGCCUGUGGUUGGAUUCCCUAGUGGGGGUUCUGGUCAAAGCACAGCCAGCUUCAGUGCAUGACCCUCAUUAGACGCCGCUCAGUUAGUGCAUCAGGGCGCCAUGGAAGCAGGAAAUAUUUUAUAUGGCUUUGUGAAAAGUUCUGUGAAUACAGGACAAAUUUCACUUAAAGUUUGUUUGUACAUAAUUUCGUUGAAGCUUGGUACAAUAAGUCAGUCUAAAAGUGAGGAUUGAAUUGUGGUAGUCAUGACUGGUAAAACAUUUUUUUUUUAAAUGCUACAUGUGCUAGUAUUCAUGGUGUAAGUCAGCUUGCUGAGCUGUGUUUAUCUGACCAUCCAUUUUCUUAUGUAAAUAAAAAGUGAAGGUUG